UGGGGUGAAACUUGGGGUAUGCAAAACAAAUUAGACUCCUGAAAGGGUACAGUAUUCUGGAAAGGUUGAGAGCCACAGCCCUAGUGGACUGCCUGAGCAGACAUAUUUCUGCAAAUCACAAAUGGAAGUCAUAAUUCAGUUCUCAGUGAUGUCUUGCCCAAUGGGAAAUGGCAGCCUGGGACCUUUUUGCCUCGUGGGAGAACAGGAAACUUCCUUAGUACUAUUCAGAGCAGCCCUGGGCAAGGGCUUGAUGGGAGAUACCCUCCGGUGUUAUGGAAGAAUCACCUGGUAUAUGCCUUCCUUCCCACCCCAUUGGUAUCGCAAGUUCUACGCAAGAUCCACCAAAACAGAUCUUGAGUUCCUCUGAUUGCACCCAACUGGCUGACACAGUUCUGGUUUACAGAUCCGCUGAAGCCCUCAGUUCACCCACCCAUGAACAUCCCCACAUUGCCGCAUCUUCUAACGCAGCACAAGGGCAGAUUCACCGCCCCAAUCUGGGACUGCUGCACCUCAGGGCCUGGUACUUGAUUGGGCAUCAGAAAGAGAUCACUCAUUCUAAAAGGGUGCAAUCCAUGCUUAACCCAGGUAGAAAAGACUCUACAAGAUGCCGUUACUUAGCAAAAUGGAAGUUUCUUUCCUCUUGGGCUCACCAGCGCAGCUUGUCUCCAGAAUCUGCUGUUAUCCCUGCUAUCUUAGAGCAUCUAUUUACCCUUGAGUCUUUGGGUCUCAUGCUCAGUUCCCUGCGAGUGCAUUUAGCAGCGAUCAGUUCUUAUUGUAUGCAAUAUUUACUCAUCCUGUUUCAACUAGAUUUCUGAUGGGGAUUCUCAGAUCCUUGCCACCAUUGGUGAAGUUCGUACCUCACCAAUUUUAUUGUCACUCACCAAUCCCCCUUUUGAGCCUCCAGCCACAUGCAUCUGUCUGUGAAAGGGGCAUUUCUACUAGCCGUAAUGUCAGCCAGAAGAGUCAGACUCACCAUAUGCUACCUUCUGUAAAGAAAAGGUCUCGUUAUGACCACACCUUAGAUUCAUUCCUAAAUUAGUUUCUGAGUUUUAUAUAAGUCAGGUAAUCCAUUUACCAGGUUUUUUUUCCCCAAAACUUCAUACCUCAGAUGAAGAGAGAUGGUUGCAUUCCCUAGACAUCUGAAGGGCUUUGACCUUUUAUCUGCAAGUAACGUUAAGAGAUACCCCUAAGCUAUUUGUUUCCAUAGCAGAGGUCCGGGGUCAAGCUGUAUUGACGCAGAGAAUUUCAGAAUGGAUCUUUGGUUGUAUUACCCUUUGAUACUGUCACAUUCCAGGGUGCAAUCCAGACCAGUGAGGGGUCGUCACCACUUGCCCUGCAGCUUUGGUGCCUCACAAUGCUUUGCUGUUGUAACUUCCAAGUGGGCCACUCACAAACAGGCAAACUGCAUGCAGAUCAUGCCUUCAAUGUCUGUGUAUAGCUACAGCCCUGGCCCAGAAGCUCUGACCCCAGUGCCCUAUCAACAACACAUCAGCCACUCUCUGGCUUCCAGGAGCCUUGGUUACUACUGCAGGAUGACCCCAACACACAGCCAGUCCCAACAUUUCCCCAAAACAUAUGUUCUGUACUGUCCAGCCCUCUACUGGACAGUGCAGAUAUUAAAGUUCUGUUGCUCCUGUAAGGGGUCAAUAUACAACAGUUUGCUACUUUAAUUGGAGUUACCUAAACAAUUCAGUUUAGUCAAAACUAAUCCAAUGCUGCGUUUAAAGAAUAAAACAAGUAAAUCUAACUACAAAGAGAGAGAUUUUAAGUGAGUACAAGUACAAGUCAGAAAUGGUUACAAGAGAAAUAAAGAUAAAACACUUUGUAGUGACUAAAAUAUAACAAACCAGAUUUGGUUCAAGGUAAAAUCCUUAUCACAUACUCCCAGCAACAGGGCUGACCAAAUUCUCAGAUCAGAACCCCUCCCAAAGUCCAAAGGCUGGUUCCUUUGUCAUUUUAGGUGAAAGAGAGAUAGGGAGAGAAAGAAAGAAUUUCUGGGGUGUUUUUGUCUCUAGCUUUUAUAGUCCAGUCACCCUUUGAAAUGCAUUUUCCUGAGGGUUACCCCUAGAUAAAUUUCCUUCCCGCCGAGAGUAUGGAGACAUGGAUUCUUGUGGUGAAAGAAGUUCCACAGGGUUGCUUGCUAAAAUGCAGGUUGAUCUGUCGCUGCCCCCCUUCGCUGCCAUAGAAUGGCCACUUGACCAGUGAUUGCCAAUCAGCUAUGAGGACACCUGGCUAGAGGCAUUAGCUUGUCCUUUGUCUCUGAAAAACAGGUUUACCCCCUCCCCAAACUUGUCUGAUAAACACAUCUCAGUCAUAAUUUUAGCUUGUGUUCAUAAGUUCACAUAUAACAUUGCUACACACAUUUCACCAUGAUAUUAUUGACCACUGAGUUGUUAGUUUUCAAAUGAUACUUCACAUGGCAUAUUUUAUACAAAGAUUAUUACAAUCGUAUGCAGAGUGUGAAUAAAGGGAUGCAUUGAGUCACAGUUACCAACUAGCUCAUAUUCCCCCUCCAGAGGGGAUGAAGGUUCAUUCCACUAGAGAGUAAGCUACUUCGGCCUCAUAACUGAGAGAUGUACCUCUCCUAGAGAUAUGUAGAGCAGCUAUUUGGAACUCUCUUCAUGCCUCUAUGAGACAUUAAGCUCUGAUCCAGUUGUCAACUGUGGAUACAGCUGUGGGGACAGCAGUACUUCAUUUAGUUAUCACUUCUGCAUCCUUGCACCAACUUGCAGUCUGACUACUGUUUGUUAAUCUCCCACGUGUGGAAUACACAUAGGGACAAUCACUUGAAGAAGAAAUAGAGGUUACUUAGCCUGUAACUGGAGAUUCUUCGAGAUGUGUGCUCCCUAGCUAUACUCCACUACCUGCUCUCUGCUGCGGACUGUUUUAACUGAGGUAAGAAUAAGAAACUGGAGCGGCAUUAGCCCUCACUAUCUUUUAUGCCCUCAGUUCAGAGCACAAGGAGAGCAAUGGCACACAUAAAGGCCAAAGGACACUGCUUGAAAAUAAAAAAAUCUGGAUGCAGGUACAUGCAUGUCCCACAUGUGGAAUAUCAAGAUAGGGACCACAUCCCUCAAAGAACCUCCAGUUACAGGUAAGUAAUACCCAUUUAUUAUAGCAUCAGGAAUAUCCAAAUGAAAGAGGUGAGACUGUGUUGUCUUAGCCCUGGUCUACACUAGGACUUUAGGUCGAAUUUAGCAGCGUUAAAUCGAUUUAAACCUGCACCCGUCCACACAAUGAAGCCCUUUAUUUCGACUUAAAGGGCUCUUAAAAUCGAUUUCCUUACUCCACCCCUGACAAGUGGAUUAGUGCUUAAAUCGAUGUUGCCGGCUCGAAUUUGGGGUACUGUGGACACAAUUCGAUGGUAUUGGCCUCCGGGAGCUAUCCCAGAGUGCUCCAUUAUGACCGCUCUGGACAGCACUCUCAACUCAGAUGCACUGGCCAGGUAGACAGGAAAAGAACCGCGAACUUUUGAAUCUCAUUUCCUGUUUGGCCAGCGUGGCAAGCUGCAGGUGACCAUGCAGAGCUCAUCAGCACAGGUGACCAUGAUGGAGUCCCAGAAUCGCAAAAGAGCUCCAGCAUGGACCGAACGGGAGGUACGGGAUCUGAUCGCUGUUUGGGGAGAGGAAUCCGUGCUAUCAGAACUCCGUUCCAGUUUUCGAAAUGCCAAAACCUUUCUGAAAAUCUCCCAGGGCAUGAAGGACAGAGGCCAUAACAGGGACCCGAAGCAGUGCCGCGUGAAACUGAAGGAGCUGAGGCAAGCCUACCAGAAAACCAGAGAGGCGAACAGCCGCUCUGGGUCAGAGCCCCAAACAUGCCGCUUCUAUGAUGAGCUGCAUGCCAUUUUAGGGGGUUCAGCCACCACUACCCCAGCCGUGUUGUUUGACUCCUUCAAUGGAGAUGGAGGCAAUACGGAAGUAGGUUUUGGGGACGAAGAAGAUGAUGAUGAGGAGGUUGUAGAUAGCUCACAGCAAGCAAGCGGAGAAAACGGUUUUCCCGACAGCCAGGAACUGUUUCUCACCCUAGACCUGGAGCCAGUACCCCCCGAACCCACCCAAGGCUGCCUCCUGGACUCAGCAGGCGGAGAAGGGACCUCUGCUGCAUGUGUUUCAAUGAUCACAGGAUCUUCUCCUUCCCAGAGGCUAGUGAAGCUUAGAAAGAAAAAAAAACGCACUCGCGAUGAAAUGUUCUCCGAGCUCAUGCUGUCCUCCUACACUGACAGAGCACAGACAAAUGCGUGGAGGCAAAUAAUGUCAGAGUGCAGGAAAGCACAAAAUGACCAGGAGGAGAGGUGGAGGGCUGAAGAGAGUAAGUGGUGGGCUGAAGACAGGGCUGAAGCUCAAAGGUGGCGGCAGCGUGAUGAGAGGAGGCAGGAUUCAAUGCUGAGGCUGCUGGAGGACCAAACCAGUAUGCUCCAGUGUAUGGUUGAGCUGCAGCAAAGGCAGCUGGAGCACAGACUGCCACUGCAGCCCCUCUGUAACCAACCGCCCUCCUCCCCAAGUUCCAUAGCCUCCACACCCAGAUGCCCAAGAACGCGGUGGGGGGGCCUCCGCCAACCAGCCACUCCACCACAGAGGAUUGCCCAAAAAAAAGAAGGCUGUCAUUCAAUAAAUUUUAAAGUUGUAAACUUUUAAAGUGCUGUGCUUAAAGUGCUGUGUGGCAUUUUCCUUCCCUCCUCCACCACCCCUCCUGGGAUACCUUGGUAGUCAUCCCCCUAUUUGUGUGAUGAAUGAAUAACGAAUGCAUGACUGUGAAGCAGCAAUGACUUUAUUGGCUCUGCAAGCAAUGAUUAAAGGGAGGAGGGGAGGGUGGUUAGCUUACAGGGAAGUAGAGUGAACCAAGGGGCGGGGGGGUUCAUCAAGGAGAAACAAACAGAACUUUCACACCGUAGCCUGGCCAGUCAUGAAACUGGUUUUCAAAGCUUCUCUGAUGCGUACCGCGCCCUCCUGUGCUCUUCUAACCGCCCUGGUGUCUGGCUGCGCGUAACCAGCAGCUAGGCGAUUUGCCUCAACCUCCCACCCCGCCAUAAACGUCUCCCCCUUA